CGGGAAGUCACAUUGGUCACAUUGCACCUUUCCUUAGACACGCACACAAUCAUUCCGCAACCUCACUGCGAGCGGAACGAUGCUCACACUCGGAACCAUUCUUUAUGUUUCGCUUCUGCUAAUUAAUGCAAUGGCAGUCCUCAGUGAGGACCGGUUCCUUGCGAAAAUCGGCUGGUCCUCUGUGCAGAAUCCCAACGCUGGCUUUCAACCACCAUACGAUCAAUCAGGGUACGGAUAUACCCAGCAGCAAGAUGCUGGUGUCAAAGUCAGAUUAAUCACCCUCAUUAGUGCGGUGCGGACCCUCAUGCGUAUACCACUCAUAGGGCUAAAUCUUGUCAUAAUCGUGUACGAGCUAAUUCUUGGUGGCUGAGUGAUGGUAUUUAUCACUGUUGAGUCUGUCAUAUUCUUCGUUGAUUUGUCGGAUAAAAUCUGCCGGUGAAUGACCGCCCUGAAAACACGUUGUAAGGCAUUGCGCGGCAAUGUUGUUCUCUACAUACCUCACAUUCGUACCAAGUGCCAUCCCGUAUGCAUACUUGUCGACCGUUAAUGAUAACUGUGCAGCUUUUCCUAUUGCCGGCUUAGCUCUGGGUUUCUCAUACUUUUAAGGACGUACUGGAUUUCAGCCGCGAUACUAU